ACAAUGUAAAUGCAUGUUUAUAGAACACCAGAGAUAACCUCGAUAGGCCGUACGUUGCAAGUUCAGUGAGAACGGUUUCUCAUUUAGCAUUCAACUCGGCGAAGAAUCACGAUGAAAUCGUUCAGUUUUACGGGACUAAUGGCACCGGUGUUUACACCGUACACGAACAACAAUGAAAAGGUAAACAUAAACGCCAUCGAACCGUACGUAGAACUGCUGAAAGCGAAUCAUGUAAACGGUGUCCUCGUCAAUGGGACCACCGGUGAAGGUAUGCUGAUGAGCACCGAGGAGCGUAUGUUGGUAACAGAAGCAUGGCAACGAUCAUGCAAAAAACACGGCAUCACCAACAUGGUUCAGAUUGGCGGUGCUGCUUAUCCGGAUGUUGUGCAGCUGGCUCAACAUGCCUCCAAAAUGGACGUGGAUGCGGUGCUGUGCCUUCCAGAGCUGUAUUUUAAACCGAAAUCAUGCGAGCAGCUGGUCACCUACCUGAAAGGCGUAGCCAUGCAUUGCCCCACAACGCCCUUUUUCUACUAUCACAUUCCGAUGUUUACAGACGUAAAUUUGCACAUGCCAACGUUUCUGGAUCGCGCAGAGAAGGAGAUUACAAAUUUCCGGGGAAUUAAAUACACGAGCGGAGAUCUAGAACAGGGCAGCUCGUGCUUGAAGGAAGGCCGCACCAUAUUCCUCGGUGCCGAUACCAUACUGUGCGGGGCGGUGGCUGCCGGUUUCGAUAGUUUCAUUAUGACGACGAUCAACAUCUGUCCGGAAGCUGCGCUUGAGAUUAUCGCCGCCAUGGACCGGGGCGCGGUAGCGGAUGCUAGGGAAAAGCAGCGUUUGCUAAACGCACGUAUUUGUGAAAUUUUAGCCCACGGAGAUUGGGUGUCGGCGAUGAAAAAAGCGUUCCGGGAAAGAUUCCCUUCGAUCGAGGUUGGCACCACGCGGCCACCACUGAACAUGUGAAAAGUGAUCUGUGUACGGUAGUUAAAUGAAUGAAAUGUAUUUCCUGACGCUUUUCGUCGUCACAUCUAA